CCCAAAGAUUCUCCCAAUUAUUAUAUAGCCUGCCAGGCACCAUUGGAGACCACCGUGGAAGAUUUCUGGCGCAUGAUAUGGGAACAACAAUCCCGCGUAAUCAUUCAAGCAACCGAUCUCAUUGAAAAUGGUGUCGAGAAGUGUGCCGAAUAUUUACCACCCUCGGUGACACUGGACAAUCAUGCCAGUUUUGGUGAUUUCCAGGUGACACUACAAAAUCGUGAAGUCAAAGAUAAAUAUGCCAUUUCAACUAUUCUACUGAAAAAUACUGCUGAAAAUAAUGCUAGCCGGGAGUUGACACAUUAUUGGUAUAAAUGGCCAGAGACGGGAGUUCCCGCAGAAGAGGCACCCAUUAUAGCUAUGCUAUUGGAGGCUCGAUCUUCUCUCAUUAGUUAUGCCACGGAACAGGCUAAUGAAGAAAAAGAAAAGAGUUCUACCUUGAACAAUAGUGCGUCUACGAAUACCUUGAGAUCUGCGGAAGAGGGUACGGCCGGUAAGAAUGGAACAAAUUCAAAUGGUAGCAGUAAUGCUGAAAUAAAUGGUAACAUUUCAAUGGUGCCAAUUAAAAAGACUGCCAGAAAUCAGGGUCCCCUAACUGUCCACUGCUCUCCAGGUACUGGUCGAACGGGUACAAUUAUUGCUUGUGAUAUUGCCAUACGUAGUCUGGAGACACCAAAACGUACCGUCGAUAUACCGCACAUUGUCUACUAUGUUAGGCGAGGUCGGGCCAGUGCUGUGCUAACCAAGGAACAAUACGAAUUUAUCUAUAAAGUGGCCAAUAUGUAUGCGGCGAAAAUCACCAAUCCCAGUAAUUAUAAUUGA